ACCGGAAACAAAAAUCUCGGUUUCGGUUUUGGUUUUGAGUUUUGAUUUUUGAUUUUUUUUUGAUUUUGGAGACAAUUUUUCAGCAGAUUCAGAAGUAAUUGCUUCAUCUCAUCAGCAACACCCACUUACGAUGCUAAGGUGCAAUAUUCGGAACAAAACAUCGACUAAGAAAUACCUCCGAUUACUAGAACAGUAUCAAAAGAAUAAAUUCAUAGAAAGGACAACAGAAAGUCAAAAUCAAGAUUUAACCAACAUAUCUCGGCACGAUAAAAACUAUUUUGAUGGAGUUGAAGAAGCAAAACUCUUAAAAGAUGAUUUCAUAGAGGACCAGUUGAUAAAUAACUUUGGAGAUUCAAGGACUUUUUUUUACUAUAAUGAAUUAUUCUCUGCUCCACAAAUUGGUGAUUGUGUUCUUUUAUACACUGAUCUCAGCAGACCUCAAUUGUUUUUGAUUUAUGGAUUACCUACUGGAGCUGAAGAUCCAACUUUUACACUUAUUUCAACCAACGGUGAUAUAUCCUACACUAAUGGAAAGCAUUUUAAAAUCAUUAUUCCCAAAGUUGUUCCAAAAGAAUUUUUAAAAUACUCAAUUGUUAAGGAAGAAAACAAUAAUAAUUUUCCUCGUGUUGGAACUUCCAAAAAAACUUCUCUACUCACAAACCUUUUGAUGGACGCUGAACAGUAUAGGCCUACCGAUGAUGCUCAACUCGAAACUUUUGUUGUUUCUGAUUUUUCAAGAACCUUAAUCAAAGAUUUAUUGGGUCCCUUAAAUCAAGAUAUCUGGAAUUUUAUCCCAGAAGUUUCCACCAAAUUGGAAACAAUUCACAGAGUUUUACAAUACUCUGAUGGAGUUAAUCAUAUCAAUUUGAUAUCUCUAUACAAAAUUGUAGAAUCAUUUGAUUUGGAACAAUUUAAAAUUGAUGUUAGAAAACUUUUUCUGUCCAAUAAUAGCGACAUGUCUGAUAUUUAUAAAAAAUUAGCAACCAAGUUCUCCAAAACCAUCCUGGAAUCUCUUUCAUUUGACGAAGUAUCUCUCGGUAAAUCCUACGGUUCUCUUGAAUCAGACUUAAAAAUUGAUUCUGCUCUUUAUACAGCUAUAAUGUUAUCAAUGGCCAAACAACCAAGAUUUUGGGGUCGAAAUUUUCUUCAUUUUAAAAACAUAAGUAUUUUUCCCUUACAAAAGUUCGAUUCUUUAAUUAAAGUAUUAAAAACGCAAGAGAUGGUUGCAAUUAACUUUAUUAAACAUAUAUCAUUAUUGUUAACUUCUAUUUAUUUCAUCACAGUUGAAAAUGACCAAAAAUUAUCUCCUUUAAGUAAAUCUCAAAUUGAAUCCAUCAAAAGAAAUUCCGGUGAUAAAGCAACUGAGUUAAAGAAAAUCUUGUAUUUAAAUAGAUUCAAAUGGAAUAUUUCCGUGAAAAAUAAUUUAAUAUUAACUCCUUCCUCUAUUUUAUCCCAAAUCUCCAAAAAAGAUGGUAUGGCCUUAAAGGAUUCAGUUCAAAAAAUACAAAAAACGUUGGUAAAAAUCAAUUCUUCCAAUGUUCCUGCAAAUUUUUUUGAGAUUUUGGAUCUUAUUAAAGAGUAUUCAGCUGGAAAUAUUGACGAUCCUCAACUUGAAGCUAUUAUUGCUCAGAUAAUAAGAAAAAUCAAAAUUUUCAACUCCUUGGAUAUAAGCAAAACUACGGCUUUUAAUUUAUUAGCUCUAAUUGGUUACGCUAUUCCUGCUUAUCAAAAUCCAGUUAUUUGGUCAAAUGAAUUGGCUCUACCUGAAAAAGAUGUAUCUUUUAAAUCAGAUUUGCAAAAACAAUAUUGUGAUAACAUUUCUAAAGAACAAUUAUUGUCUCAACCCGAUCCUCUAGAAAAUUUAAGAGUAGAUUAUGGAAAUCUAAAGGUUUAUUGUAUUGAUAGUAUAGAUGCUAAUGAAAUUGAUGAUGGUGUUUCAAUUGAAAAGCAAUCAUCAGAUAAAUGGAUAGUUCAUAUUCAUAUUGCGGACCCUGCUUCUUACAUAUCACCUAACUCAACUCUUGCAAAAAUUGCUUAUGAUAGAGCUUCUACUGUUUACUUGCCUGAAUUGGUUUCUCCAAUGCUUCCUGGUUCAGUAUCCGAAGUUGCUGGGUUGGGUAAAACAGAUGCUCCCACCAGAACAAUCACAUUUUCUAUUCCAUAUUAUCCACUGAGAUCUGAAUUAAAUGAAAGGUUUGAUAUGAAAAAUUCUACAAUUUCAGGUGGGCUUUUAAGGAAUUUUAAACGUUUGACAUAUAAUAAAGUUUCUUCUAUUCUUGAAAAGAAAAAAAAUGACUCCGAGGAUUCUAAAGAUUUGAAAGAUCUAUAUCAAAUCUCAAAUGACUUGAAAGAUCUUAGAUAUAAAAAUGGUGCAUUUUUAUUUGAUCCUAAUCCAAGUUUACCGGUUAAUGACAUUGUGAAAAAUGUGAAAGAUAAAAGCAGUUUUAUUAUGAGCAAAGCUGGGUUAUCACUCUUUGAAGAUUCCGAUGCCACUAAUGCUCCUAUUUUACCAAUGAAUAAUCCUAAUUUCAAAUCUCAACUUCUUGUUUCUGAACUAAUGGUAUUAGCCAACUCAAUAGCAGGUAAUUUUUUUCAAAAAAAUAAUAUUCCUGGGUUUUACCGUUUUAUAAUACCAGUCAACUCAGAAAAUGACGAAAUUAGCAAUUUUUUGAGCGAUUUUCAGAAAAGAACAAAAACUGAAUCUUCAAUAGGAAAUCCUGAUGCAUUUCGUACGUUUAAUUUGAUAGCGUCGUCUGGGUUUUCUCCAUUUCCUAUGAAACAUUUUCUAUUAGGAGCUGAACUAUAUCUUCCAUCGACAUCACCUUUAAGAAGAUUUGUUGAUUUAGUUUCGCAUUGGCAAAUCCAUUCAUUUUUGAGUGGAAAGAAUGAUUAUUUUUUUAAACAACAGAAUAUUAAUUCAAUGGUAUCACACAUUAACCAAAGAAGUACGGCUAUUGCUAAGAGUUCAAAGAGAAGUGCUGUUUAUUGGAUGACGACUUAUAUUAUGAAUGAGAUUGAAAAGGGAACUAUUAAAAAUAGAUUUGAGGCAAUAGUUUCUGGAAUUGGAAUUCCAAACAAACAAGGACAAAUUAGGAUAUUUUGUAUGAUUAAAGAUUAUGGUAUUCCUGGUAAUUUAAAUGGAAUCGAAUUUCUUGAGUUGCCUAAACUUGGUGAUGUUAUUAAAGUUGAAAUUGAUGAUAUUGAUAUUGUUGAAGGAUCUAUUGUACUUAAAAAACUUCAAGAAAAAAAUAAAAGUAAAAAACCAAAUAAAAAACCGAAUAUGAAUAAAAAUAAUGAUUCGGAAGUUGGACUUAAGCAAAAAGAUAAGAAUGAAAUAGAGGAAGAUUUUUUAAAAAUAUCAGAAAUUGAAAAAAUCAAGGUUAAAAAGAACCUUAGGGAAUUUAAAGACCUUGAUCUUUAUAAAGUUGUUGAAAAAAUACGAGAUGAUUAUAAUGAGAUUCAAAAUGUCCCAAAUUUCACUGAUGAAAUUGCAACUCCAGGAUCAAUUAAGGUUUCCUAGUUUUUUUCGAUAUUAGAAAUUGUACAUAGUUGUUUGUUUUAUAUUUGUAAAAUCAUUUAAAGAUUAAUUGUAAGCUUGAUAUAUGUAAUUUAAUCACAUUUGUUUAUUUUAUCUUGUCCAAGCAGGAUUUAUUUUAUUUUACAACCUUCUUAGUGUUGGUCAUGGUAGGUAAAUA